AUGUCAAAAGUUGGGGAGAAGGUGGGGGUUGCAUUGUUGCACAACGCAGACUUCAAAAAGGAACUAAAUAACACCGUAUGGGAUGACACAUUAACGGUUGAUGAAUUUGAGCGAAGAUGGGCAACACUAAUGAGGAACUACAAUCUUGAAGAACACCGGUGGUUUGCCCAACUGUACGAUGCACGUGCAUCAUGGAUACCUGCAUACUUCAAUGACUUACCGAUGGGAGGUCUACUAAGGACCACAUCACGGUCAGAAUCAGAAAACAACUACUUCGGUAAAUUUACAAACCACCAUAGCAGUUUGGUAGAAUUUAUGGCACAAUACAACAGUGCCAUUGGAGAACAAAGGCAUAGACAAUCAAAACUCAACGCAGAAAAUGAAGGUUCGUACCCUGAAACUAAAACCCCUCUGAGUAUUGAAAAGCACGCUGCUAUAGUUUACACCGUUAAUAUAUUCUAUGAAUUCCAACAAGAGGUAUGGGAUGCCAGCUUCAACUGCCACAUUACCGACAAGAAUAACGUAGGUGACAUAUGGACUUACAAAGUUGAAGAAACUGGUGGAAGACUGUUUGAAGUAACAGAAAUCCCAAGCACGAAGCUAAUAGAGUGUGCAUGCAAGAAAUUCAAUCGUGUCGGUCUACUCUGCAAGCAUGUGCUACAAGUGAUGAAGACAAAAGGGUAUGAAAAAAUCCCACAACAGUAUAUCAUCCCACGAUGGACACGAGACGCAUGUGCACACCCAAUAUAUGAUGUCCCAUGGGCAAAAAGAACACCCAAAUCCAAGGCAAAUGAAACAACACAAGUUGCAAAUCAACUAUGGAAUGAAUUCUACAACUGCAUGGGAUUAGUGAAUGGUUGGCCAGAAAAGAUGGACCAAAUGUUGGCAACAUUGCAACAACUCAAGAAGGGCCUAGAAAACGAAAGGCAACAAACACAAGGGGGUCUGAACAAUGAAUCCGUGUUUGAAAGACUAGUCGGAUCAAGCAAACCGAGCGACAUACAAAUAAAACCCCCCCAAGUUGCAAAGAACAAAGGGAGUGGGAAGAGACUCAAAAGCAACCGAGAAAAAGCCGCCACGAACAACCAAAAGAGAAAGGAAAGAACAUGCAACAUAUGCGAUCUCCCAGGGCACAACAGCCGCACCUGUCCAGCUAAACUUGCAUAA